AUGAGCGAACCGCCGCCUGUGAUGCCGGACGGCAUCGCCGACUUCCCCAGCGACAUCGACGAUGCCGAUUUCGGGGCCCUCGAAAUGUUCGACAGCAACUCGAUGCCCCCUCCCUUCUCCUCGCAGGCCAACGCCCUGCCCAUUGCGUCAAGCGGACAGGUUCCCGAAGCCGUCAUGGCGGAGGAGGCAAUGCCGCCGCCCUCGCCCAAGAAUCACAGGCGCGGCAAGAGCGCAUCUGAGCAUGCCGUUGAAUCGUCUUUGCCCUCGCCCGACGGCCGUUCCAAGAAGAAGCACAAGUCAAAGAAGGACAAACGAUCCGACCACCAAGUCCCCGAUAGCCAGGCCAUCCCCGACGAAUACCAAACUACGGACAAUCCGAUGCCAUCAACUGACACGCCCUCGGAGCUGAACGGCGGCGGGGCCGAGGCGGCGCUUCUGUCGACCAAAUCCAACAAGAAGCGCAAAUUCUCCGACUCCGCACAUGGCAAGCGGCGAAAGAAGCGGCGCUCGCACGGCCAUCACGAUACUCAGGAGCAAGGCGGGGCCGAGGCUCGGGCUGCCGCCGCCGAUUUCUUGCGCAAAAGCAACGAUGCAGGCAUCCCAUCAGCGAGUGCCGUCGACGACAACGUGGAAGGGUCUGACCCGCAGAAAUCGCCCACCGUCGCCCACCUCCGACGUCGCAGCCAGUCUCGCGAGGCCCGGUCGAGGGAGAAUAGCGUUCCCCCGCCAGAGGCCGAUGGCAUGGAGGUCGACCCGCCGGCCGGCCAGGGCGCGCCUGUGGACGCGAUUGCGAACCAUGGCGUCCCCGUUGACGCCGACGUGGAGGCUCUUGCACGAGAGGCUUGGAACGAGCAUCGAAACGGCCAAGGCUCUAUUGUCAAUACCCAAGAAACCAACGGAACCGCCGUUGAUGCUCAACCCGCAGAACCCUCCGACCCUUCUUCAUCCAAGCGGCGAUCGACUCGCAAAAAGGCCAAGCCCACCUUCUUCGAGCAGCCCCCAGCAGAAGUCUCCAAUGACGAGGCCAAUGCCGCUCGCGACGCCCUGGCCGAAUUGCCGUCGCCAACAGCCGUGACACCCAAUCCUCGAGGCAGAGCCAAGACUGCUGCGAAGAAGACGGCUAAGGGAAAGAAGCCAAAGCGGGAAAAGGCUGAGAAAGCAACGCCGCCCCCGCCCACGCAUGGCGGAUUUGAUGAAUACGGCGCUGGGGAGGGACAUGGAGAGGACGAAGCAGGUCGAGCGCGACGAAACCGCUUGGUCGGCUUCACCCAAGGGCGGUUUUCAGACGACGAACUCGCACGCAUCGCGAGGGCUGUGGAGAGCUUUCGAGCCGACAAUGACCUGACGCAGGAGCAGGUCAACCAGAUGAUUCAUGUGCCGGGCGGGACUACUGCUGGCGAAGACCACGCCCAGCUCUGGGUCCGCAUCUUUGCUGAAUGCCCGGAUCGGCAUCGGCAAAAGGUCAUCAACAUUACUCGCAAAAAGUUCCACAACUUUGUCGCGCGCGGCACCUGGACCCUCGAGCAGGACAUCGAGUUGUCCGACCUCAUCGGCGUCCACGGCACCAAGUGGUCCAAGAUUGCCGCCAUUAUCAAUCGCCACCCCGAGGACCUCCGAGAUCGAUACCGCAAUUACCUGGUCUGCGGCCAGAACCAGCGCAAGGAUGCUUGGACUGAGGCCGAGGAAGCGCAGCUGACCCAAUACGUCAUUGACGCCAUGGAUGCCAUUGACGAACUGAGGACGUCGGCGCCGAAUCCUUCGCUCCUCGACAUGUCGUAUGAGGAGCUCAUUGACUGGCAGAACAUUAGCGAGAGGAUGGGCCGGACCAGAAGCCGGCUCCAGUGCAUCACCAAGUGGAAGUCGCUCAACAUCCGGACGCACGGCAAGGACAAGCUCAUCUCUGGGGAGCCCGACGCCCAGAUUUCCUUUCGCCUGGAAAAGGCCCGUCGGCAGAUUGCUGCGAUGCCAGAGGAGGAGAAGUUUCGACUGGUGCUGGCCAUUCAGGCCACCGCCGUUGGCAAAGACGCUAAGAUCCCUUGGCAACGGCUGGUGGACAAGCAGUUCCGUAACCAGUGGCACCGCCCGACCCAGAUGCUCCUUUGGCGAAGGCUGAGGCAGACCCUUCCCGGCUGGGAAGCCAAGACGACGCGCGACUGCGCCCUGGAGCUAGUCGAGCGGUACAAUCAUUCCGGAGAGUUGCCCGAUGUCAAUGGUGACGGAUACGACGACACGCAGGAGAUGGAGUAUGUCCAGGGCAUCCGGGCAGCCUCUUUUGUGACCAACAUGGUGCCUGGAGUGAGGCAGCAUGGGAACAUGAGCGCAGAGUUCAUCACAGACUCGGACAUGGAGGAGGCCAACGGAGCAGCUGCCGGCAACGACGACGAGGGAGCAGAGGACGACGACGACCUCAAUAUUGACCCUGCACUCAUCGAGACGCCCGCACCCGCCAAGAAGGCGACUACGGCGAAAAGAACCGGAACCGGAAAGCCUCCCUCGAGGAAGAAGUCCAAGAAGGCGCCCACGGCCAAUAUGGAUCCCAUUGAGGACGUCGGCCCGAGCCAGGAGCAGCCGGCCGACGGCCAGGACGGCGAUUCCGAGGUGGAGGUGCCGCCGUCUCGGCAGAAGAAAACGCCCAAGCAGUUCAAGUCGCCGCAGGACAAGAGAAAGGUCCAGCUUGUUUCGCCUCGCAGCGCGGGUUCCGAGACCGGCAUGGAGGACAUGGAGGACUUGCCGGCGAAGCUUCCUGCUUAG